AUGAUUACACGAGGUAUCUUUCACGAGCAAUGCUGGGAAAGCGUCACCGAUUUAGGGCACAUUCGAAAAUGCAUCCGAAAUGGUCACAAUGUUUUGAUUAUUAUGCGCGGUGUCCCAGGCUCCGGCAAAUCCCAUUUAGCUAGCGAACUGCUCACGGGGACAAAUGGUGCAAUUUUCAGCAGCGAUAAUUAUUUCAUGCGAGAUGGGGUGUUUCAUUUUGAUCCAAGCAAACUGGAAGAGUACCAUCAAAAAAAUUUCAAAGAAGGUUGGGCACUGUUUCAAAUUGAUCGGACGAAAGAGGCGAUGGUAAAAGGAGUGAAGCCAGUCAUUAUUGACAAUACGAACAUAUAUGUGACUCACAUGAGGCCAUACAUCAUGCAGGCAGUAAAGAAUUCAUACGAAAUAUAUUUUGUUGAGCCCGAAACGAGCUGGAAAACAAAUGCACAACAAUGUGCCAGGAUUAAUCCGCCGUUGUUUACCGAAAGUGAUGAUGGUGAUGAUGUUGCUGAGACCUCGAUGUCAAGUGUUUCGGACAAAGUGCCUAGUGGCAUAUGGUAUUGCCCAUUGCUGGAAUAUCCGAAAGUGACGGAAGAAGAAUCAGCGGAAAGCGAAGAAUUGCUGCCAACAGAUGUGGCUUCUCUAGACAUUUCGGAAUCUAGCGCAAAAUUGGAUUGUACCACAAAUUCGGAUAACAAACAGCUACCAUUAAUUCCAGUGAAUGGAUUUGGAAAAAGAAAGCGACGGACAGUUGGAUGUCAAACGAGUGAAAUAAUACGGCUAUUCGAUUUAUCCGAAGUACUGCCCGCCGUAAGCGGUGCUUUUACUAUGGAAAUGGAGGAGAACGAAACGGAACCGACCGAUGGAAUGCAAAGCCCGGAGGAAAAAGCGGUCCAAACUGAGUGA